UUCCUAUUUUUGAACGUCAUUGCUUGUUAAUAAAUAUCUCGUAUCGAGAUAUUCAAAGGAAUAUUCAAAGUAGAUAAAGGGGGAAGAUAUAUUACGUGGUAGAAUUUACUUGAAUAUAUCUUUGUGAUUUUUUGAAUAAUUAAGCCUACGUUAAAAUCAUGUUUCAACUUCAUGAACGUUUGAAUUCAUAUCAUUACCAUAAGUGCAUAAUUUUACCAGAGAAGGAUGUCCUGGAUGUUGAUAUCGCCGGGAAGGGGCGGAUCUCGGACUUCAGACGAUGGUGGAACGAUCUCUUUCUACUUUCGUACGAGUGCGACAAAUACAGGGGGUUCUACUCUAGUUCCAACGCACUGAGAAUGGAAAGAUACAGACAGUUUCGGAAGCACAAGAACUGCAUACAUCCUCUGAGUAAAUUCAGGUUCUUCUGGGAUUUCUUAAUACUAUACGUCUUCGUAACCAACAAAUUCAUUAAACGAUUAACCUCCAAUUUCCUCUACGACCAGUUGCCAAUGCAAUUAUUCUUACUUGGCGCAUUUUUGGAAUUGAUUGUCUUCGCGGGCUUGUACGUGGACAUAGUUACUGGGUACAUUGACAUGGAUAGUAAAAGAGUCAUCUUAAGCAGGAAAAAAGCGGUCCUAAACUUCUGUAAAAAGAAAUUAUUUCUCCACGUUGCGUCAGCAUUUCCUUUGCACUGGUUUAUGUUUCUUAGAUAUGGAGGUAACGUGAACUGUGGUUUGUGUAAGUGUAACAAGUUCAUCUGUGCUCUCAAGAUCGUCGACAUCUUCAGCCUAUUCCGAGUGAUCGAGACCUCCACAUGCUGGAGCCGCAGGAGGUACCCUAAAAUCAAGGAAAGUCUCUGCAAAUUUCUGAGGAUCGGAACUGUUACAUUCGUAACUCUGAUACAGUUGACUGAACUGAGCGAUGUCUUCUCUUUAUUGAUGUUUUUCAAUAAUGAUUAUGUGGAUGACGAAUCCAUAUUGAGCUUUAGAGCGGGAUUAAAGUAUGGGUGGUACAACGUAGGAAAUUUUUUGUUCUUUAUGUUUGAUAUCGGCAAAAUGCUGAAGCCGUUAACUCGAAUAACGCAGAUCAACGCAACUGUGGAGCGCUUCGUUUUAGAUAAAUUAUUCUCAUUUUUUAGUUUCCUUUUGACGUAUGUUUUCUACGCUUGGGCUAUGGUGGAGUGCUUCUCUUUCCUUACCCUCGUGAUAUCUGCAGAAAGCCAAAGAAUGGUUUCGAAGCGGAAGACUAUGAAUGCGUUACAAAGUCUUCAAGUGUCUGAUACGUUGAGUAUGAAAGUUUCUGAUUACUUUAAAUACAAAUCGUCAGCGCUGAGAUUGACUGAAGCUCGAAAUGGACUUUAUGUAGUUCUGCCACAAAUGUUGAAGAACGAAAUAAACUUGAAUUGUUACUUUAAUAUUAUACUGCGGAUUCCAUUGUUUGCUCAGUGGCCGAUACCGGUACUGGAACAACUAACUAUUAUGCUGAAGAGGAAAGAGUAUAUGGUUAACGAUAUGGUGACUGUAGCUAAAGCGUCAGGAGAGGGUCUGAUGAUAGUCCACGACGGAGUGCUGGCUGUCUACUCAAACUACAAUAGGGAGCUAGGGCAUCUGAUCGACGGAGACUACUUCGGAGCCUUGUCACUAGUCACCGACAAAGAAGUUUACAUGACUUAUGUGGUUGCUGUGACGAAUUCUACUAUUCUAUUUUUGGGUAAGAUGGAAUUCAGAAUGUACAUGAAGAAUCAUCCACAACUGUUUUAUGGUUUCGAGCUGGAUUUGAAGCAGAAGUAUAGAGAUCGCGCUCGUAAUAAAGAAAUAUGAAUGUAAAUUGUAAUAUAUUUAAUGUUCACUUUAGAAGAACUACGGCCAGUUUUUACUUUCAUGUAACACGGGAAACUGGUACUUAUAAUUUCACUUAAUUACUUAUACGAUUUAGCAAACGAAAUGCUUUUUUAAGCGUUUCAAAGAAUGUGAUGUUUAAAAAAAAAAACAGCUAGAAUGCACAUAAUUAUUUAAUUAUAGAUAAUAUAUGAGCGAACUACAAAGGUAGUCGUGGCAGCGCUGUUAUCGUUUUUUGCAACAAAGAUUAGAAUUUUAUUAGCAAAAAGCCAGAGCUUUUAAUAAUUUUUAUGUCGCUUUUGUAA